CCAAAGUACCUAUCGUCACAGCCAAUCAGUCAUGCCAAACAUGUGAUCAACAUAAUCAUGCGAAGCUGGCGGCGUUCCGUCGUCGAUCGCGUGUCUCUGGGAAGGAGCCUGGCGAUGAGACCUUCAACGGUGCUGUGAGCUGCGCUGGGGCGACGACCUCAAAAACACAUGUUCAACAUCUGGGAUUCAGAUGAUCAUCUUUCUCAUCACAAUAGCACCUCUCAAUCGAAUCUCACAACGUGUCUUCCCUCAGAUUUCACUCCGAAUCAUCAACCUACUCAGCCUCAACCUCAUCCACAUCCACCCAUGCCUCAAUACACAAUUUUCGUCAGCGGCGCAACAGGCACAGUAGGCGGCUCAGUCGCACGAAACCUCCUCGCAGCCGGCGUCGCCGUCCACGCCCUCGACCGUGACCCAAGCUCUCCCGCCGCCAAAGCUCUUUCCUCCCUCGGCGCGUCUCUCACACUGGGAGGCUACGUCGACGAAGGCGCCCUCGAAAAGGCAAUGAGCGGCGUCACGGGGGCCUUUCUAAAUCUGAUGCCCGACUUCGUCGACCACGACUGGGAACUCAGGACUGCAAAGCGCAUCAUGGCCGCCGCCAAGGAGGCAGGCGCCACUCACUUUAUCUACAGCAGCAGCUUCUCGGUGGAUGCUCCCCAGAAGCUCGAGUACUGGGAUCCCGAAAGCUUCACUGCUACAGUCCUUCUCUCGAAGCAGGCCAUCGAGAAUGAGGUUCGGAACGCGGGCUUCGAGCACUGGACCAUCCUACGACCGGGAAACUUUACGGCGAAUUACAUCCUGCCCCUCGCCGCAGUAUUCCCUGACCUCGCCAACAAGGGUCGCUUCAUCACGGCCUUGAAACCCGAGACGAAGCUGCCGACGGUGGAUCCGAACGAUAUUGGACAAUUUGCGUUGGCGGCGUACCGGGAUCCUGACAAGUUUCACGCUCAGGAGAUCUCGCUUGCGUCGGAGCUGCUUACUGCGGAUGAGAUUACGGAGAAACUUGCGAGGUUUACGGGGAAGGAUAUCAAGGCUGUAUACCUCUCUAAUGAGGAGGUUGAGGCGCAGAAGGGUGGCAAUCCGUUCUUGGCUGGACAGUUGGCUAUGCGUGAUAUGGAGCAGUUUGCUGAUAUUGAGGGGACAAGAAGUUGGGGAGUUGCUUUUGGUACCUUUGACGAAUAUCUGAAGCGGGAGAAGGAUAGAGUCACGGAGACGUAUGGACAUCUUGCAUAGAACUUUGUAGUAUGGUUCUCUCACGGGCUUCAAAUAAGAGGAAC